CACUAUAACAGAAGGACAUAAUCAGGGUUGUAAUUCUGCAGAACCUUACAGCCAGUCUCGGCCACCAGGGAGCUCACUUCUUCUUUCCGCUAUUCUGAGGUGCAAAGUCCACUGUCACCAUGUCUGACACAGAGGAAGUCGAGGCCAUAGCAGAAGAAGUAGUUGAAGAGGUAGUUGAAGAGGUAGUAGAAGAAGAAGUGGUAGAGGAAGAGGUAGAAGUGGCCCCAGAGGCAGCCCCAGAACCAGAGGCAGAGCCUGAGCCAGAGCCCGAGCCAGAGGCAGAGCCUGAGCCAGAGGCUGAAGAGGUCGUUGAAGAGGAAGCCCAAAAGCCACAGUUCAAGGUACCAAAGAUUCCUGAUGGCGAUAAAGUGGACUUUGACGACAUUCAGAAAAAGCGUCAGAACAAGGAUCUUGUUGAGCUGCAGGCCCUGAUAGAUGCUCACUUUGAGCACAGAAAGAAGGAGGAGGAAGAGCUCAUCGCCCUCAAAGAAAGAAUUGAGAAGCGUAGGGCUGAGAGGGCCGAGCAGAACAGGAUCCGUAGCGAGAAGGAGAAGGAGCGCGCGGCGAGGCGUGAGGAGGAGAGGCUGAAGAGGGAGGAGGCAGAUGCCAAGAAGAAGGCUGAUGAGGACGCAAAGAAGAAGUCUGCCCUGUCCAGCAUGGGCUCCAACUACAGCAGCCAUCUGCAGAAGGCUGACUCAAAGAGAGGUGGGAAGAAGGAAACUGAGAGAGAGAAGAAGAAGAAGAUCCUGGCAGGCAGACGCAAGGCCCUGAACAUCGACCAUCUGAAUGAAGAGAAACUGAAGGAGAAGGCAAAGGAGCUGCAUGAAUGGAUGCAGACACUGGAGUCUGAGAAGUUUGACCACAUCGAGAGGCUGAAGAGGCAGAAGUAUGAGGUCACAACCCUGCGUAAGAGAGUGGAGGAGCUGAGUAAAUUCUCCAAGAAGGGUAAAACGGUCCGCAGAAAGUAAACGGUCCCGUUCUGCUGCUUGGAGCCCAGACUGCCACCGUACUACCGGACACGAGCAUAAUGCAGCAACAACAACACACACUUACGCUAAGAUCAUGGCUCGGACACGACUAACACUAUGUCUUAAUGUUUGCAUAUUCACAAAAGAUGUGCUACAGUCUACAGACGUAGAACGGAGCCAUUAGCUGCUGUUGUAGGAAUUAUCCCUCACGCUCUCUCUCCCUGGACUGUUUGGUUCUCAGUAUUUUUGUAAAUAAAGUGUGACUCUUCAA